UCUAACGUCAGAGGCAUAAGCUAAUAAAUUAUCUAAUAAGCGAGACAGGUUUAAGAGUAUAUGAUUUUCUAAUUUCACAGUGAUGCAUUUGAGGAGAAUUCUUGGAGUUUUUGCCGUCCUUGUUGCAAUUCCUGCAUGUCAGGCAAUGACUGCGGUCAAGUUUGCCAAAAAGUGUAUCGAAGAAUACAAAACAAUCCUGAACAACUACAACAAGGACGAAGGAACAUGUACAAGAUGGCAGGUGUUCGUUAAUUGUCUUUCAAAACGACGUGAGCUACGAAGUCAAAUGGUGGACGCCAUGAGAUACUUCGCCACACAAAACGCCAUCUUUAUCACGAAAAUGAAGCUUUGCCCGGAAAUUGACUAUAAAGACAUCAAAGAAAUCACCGAUGAAACAGAUUUUGCCAAACAACACAAAUAUCUGGACAAGAUAGUGACCGACGAAGCGGACCAGUGCGCUGCUGACGUUUUCAAGUCGUGCCGUAAGGACUUCGUUUCUCUUUUUGCGUCUGAGCAUAAGAUUUGCGAUGAUGUAAGUUCAGGAAUCAACUGUAUGACUGAAGAAGCGAAAGCUAUUGGUUGUAAAGCUGACAUUAUCAAUCAUCUAGCUAAGAUGAUGAAUGUGGUCGGAGGUUUAAUGGUGCGAGAAGUCCGCAGAUAUGCCGGCGUGGAAUGUGCCGCGGAUACUCCAAAGAACUAGUGUUGAAAAAUAAAUAACGUUGAAA